AUGCACAAAAACAAGAAAUCGAAGCCAAAAACGCUGGAAGAAGAAGGCGCAGCGAACAUGGCUCAUUUGCAGCACAUCGUUCGAUGCAUCGCUAGUGGCUUCCGGGAGAACUUCAUAACCACCGCAGAUUUUGAGAAUGAUGAAAGAACGUUCAACGACAGAACGCUAACCUUUGCUAAUCGCAUACCGGGAUUCAAUGACCUCAGUCAAUUGGACAAGAACCUACUUUGUGAACUCGCUACAACUCGCAUUGGAGUCAUCGUCAAAGCUUUUCAUGCUGCCAACGGUGGUCGUCGGUUUUGUGAUGCAGACAAACAACAGAAGCCCAAAAUCGCGGCCUAUUUCAAGAAGCUUGUCAACGUCGCUGGCCUUCGCGAUCCACUUCAAGUCGAAAACAUACAGGAACAGUGCCUGGAGGCGCUGCAUGUUCAAGUUCAAGCAUCUACCUGUCGUCAGUCGAACGUCUUCGCAAAGCUACUAAUAACACUAUCCGAAGCAUGGUCGAUCGGCAUCUUGAGAACCAUGGAAAACAAUGGCUUUCAAUCGAUGGAUAUCAAUAAAGUCAGCGAUUCACGUCAAAGCGACUCAUCGCCACCUCCACCUCCGGUGCCUCCUAGAAAUUGUAUAGGCUAUGCGGAACAGUCGAAUGCCGCAAGUGGCAGCUUCUGGAGUGGCUUGCAACGAAAUGCUUACGGAUUCUAUCCGUAUCAGUACGGCGGCUGGCAAGACGUUUCCUUCGGCGGUUACCAGGGACAGUGGAAGCCCCCUUACGUUUUACCGUACUGUUGCAACUGGCCAAUUUUUCGGGCGGCUCAGGAGGGAAUCUCUCCAGUGUUAAGUAUGGUUUCAGCGGUAGCGGAGACAGCCACGUGUUUGACCGGUUUGGUCGAUUCCGUUUUCUACACCGUCAACAACGUGGUGACAGCCGUCUCGUGUACCUUAAAGAAAUUGGGUACCGUGGCAAAGUGCUGGUUAAUUAUUGUGGUGCAGCUGAAACAGCAGAUCGAGCGAGCGCUAAUUUUCUGCCUAAGCAAACUGUGCCUAAGACAUACAAAUUUCGAUGAUGGACGGAAGAAAGGCAGGUCGAUCGGCAAAAGUAGAAGCGAUGGCAUUGAUGUGGUUUUAUUCGUAAUUUCCAUAAGCGGAAUGCUGCUGCUUCUCUCCAAGCUAUGGCAACUUCUUCGGUCACUCUUAAGGCCUUCGAAAUGGAUGAUCGGUGAAGGAGAACACUAUAAAGCGGUGGCGUUGUACAAAUUCGAAGCCGUCUUGCCCUCUGAACUGUCUUUCGAAGUUGGUCAAAUGCUGAAAAUCGCUCCCAAAGAAAAACAACCAGCGAUCAGAGGUUGGCUAUUGGCUACAAGCGAUGGUAAAAACAGCGGAUUAGUACCUGCUAACUACAUCAAAAUUAUCGACCGGGUCCAACAGGAAAACGGUAAAAAAAUCCUUACCAUUUGA